AUGUCUGCUGUUCUAGAAUCUACUAAAGCUUUCGAAGUCUUGAAGACUUACGAGGAGAAAGAUGGGUUGUCCGUUUCUCAGUUGAUGGACUCUAAGACCCGUGGUGGUUUGACUUACAACGACUUUUUGAUUUUACCAGGGAAGGUCAACUUCCCAUCUUCUCAAGUCACUUUGCAGACCAAAUUGACUAAGAAGAUUUCUUUGAACGCUCCAUUUGUGUCUUCUCCUAUGGAUACCGUUACUGAAGCUGAAAUGGCUAUCCAUAUUGCUUUGUUGGGUGGUAUUGGUAUCAUUCACCACAAUUGUUCUGCCGAAGAACAAGCUGAGAUGGUCAGAAAGGUUAAGAAAUACGAAAACGGGUUCAUUAAUCAACCUAUCGUCAUUUCUCCAGAGACCACCGUCGCUGAAGCCAAAAAAAUGAAGCAACAAUUCGGUUUUGCUGGUUUCCCAGUUACUGAAAAUGGUAAGAUGCCAGGAAAAUUGUUGGGUAUUGUUACUUCUCGUGACAUCCAAUUUGUCGAAGAUAACUCCCUAUUGGUUUCUGAAAUCAUGACCAAGGAUGUCGUUACCGGUAAGAAGGGUAUCACUUUGGAGGAAGCCAACGAUAUCUUGAAAUCCACCAAGAAGGGUAAAUUGCCAAUCGUCGAUGCCAACUCUACUCUUGUCUCUAUGUUGUCCAGAACCGAUUUGAUGAAGAACCAAUCUUACCCAUUGGCUUCUAAGUCCGCAACCACCAAGCAAUUGUUGUGUGGUGCUGCUAUCGGUACUCUGGACGCUGACAGAGAAAGAUUGACCUUGUUAGUCGAUGCUGGGUUGGAUGUUGUUGUCGUGGAUUCUUCUCAAGGUAACUCCAUUUUCCAACUGAACAUGCUUGAAUGGAUCAAGAAGACCUUCCCAGAUUUGGAAGUCAUCGCUGGUAAUGUCGUUACCAGAGAACAAGCCGCCAGUUUGAUUGCUGCUGGUGCAGACGGUUUGAGAAUUGGUAUGGGUUCAGGUUCCAUUUGUAUAACACAAGAAGUUAUGGCUUGUGGUAGACCUCAAGGUACUGCCGUUUACAACGUCACUGAAUUUGCCAACAAGUUCGGUGUUCCAUGUAUUGCCGAUGGUGGUGUUCAAAACAUUGGUCACAUUACCAAGGCUAUUGCUCUGGGUGCUUCCACUGUUAUGAUGGGUGGUAUGCUUGCUGGUACCACUGAAUCUCCUGGUGAAUACUUCUACAGAGAUGGUAAGCGUUUAAAGACUUACAGAGGCAUGGGUUCCGUUGAUGCUAUGGAAAAAACUGACGUGAAGGGUAACGCUGCUGCUUCUCGUUACUUCUCUGAGUCCGAUAAAGUUUUUGUUGCCCAAGGUGUCUCCGGUGCCGUUGUUGACAAGGGUUCGGUUAAAAAAUAUAUUCCAUACUUGUACAACGGUCUACAACACUCUUGUCAAGACAUCGGUGUUAUCUCCUUGACUGAACUAAGAGAAAAGGUUGACAACAGCGAAGUGAGAUUUGAGUUCAGAACUGCUUCCGCUCAAUUGGAAGGUGGUAUUAACAACUUGCACUCUUACGAAAAGCGUUUGCACAACUAA